AUGAGUGCAACUUUAGAAACCGACAAGUUUCACAAGUACUUUAGCGGUUCGCCUCUUAUUAAAGUCCCCGGCAGGCUUCAUCCAGUGGAGAUAUUGUAUACUCUAGAACCUGAGAUGGACUAUCUUGAGGCUGCUAUAAACACUGUCAUCCAGAUUCAUAAAUGUGAGCCACCUGGCGAUGUUCUUGUUUUCUUGACUGGGGAAGAAGAGAUUGAAGAAGCUUGCAAAAGUAUCACAUGUAAACUUGGAGACCAAGUCACAGUCAUGCCAUUGUAUGCCACUCUUCCGUCUGCCUUGCAACACAAGAUAUUCGAUCCUACAACAGACCCAACGAAAAUCUACGACCCAAUCACUCGUGUUGAGUCCUUGUUGGUGUCUCCAAUAUCACAGGCAAGUGCUAACCAAAGAGCAGGUCGUGCCGGUAGAACAAGGCCCGGAAAAUGCUUCAGGCUUUACACUGAGAAGAGUUUCAAUGAGCUUAAGACGCAAACGUAUCCUGAGAUAUUGAGAUCAAACCUCGCAAACACUGUUCUUACGUUGAAAAAGCUGCGUGUGGAUGACUUGAUACGCUUUGAUUUUAUGGAUCCUCCUGCUCCUGACACUCUUGCUCGGGCCUUAGGAGAUUUGUUUCAUUUGGGAGCACUUGAUGAUGAAGUUAAUUUGACAAAGACAGGCGAGAAGAUGAGUGAGUUUCCCUUGGAUCCACAGAUGACAAAGAUGCUCAUAGUCAGUCCUGAAUAUAACUGCUCCAACGAGAUUCUUUCGAUUUGCGCGAUGCUAUCAGUACCCAAUUGUUUCAUCAGGCCAAGUAGGGAAGCUUCAAAAGCAGCAGAUGAGGCUAAAUCAAGGUUUGCACACGCUGAUGGAGAUCACCUCACGCUCUUGAAUGUGUACCAUGCUUUCUUGCAAAACAAGCAAGAUCCGAACUGGUGCUACGAAAACUUCAUAAACUACAGAGCAAUGAAGUCUGCGGUUAGUGUUAGAGAGCAGCUGGUCCGGAUCAUGUCGAGGUUUGAGAUGAAGUUGUGCAGCAAUAGUUUCACUAGUCCUAACUACUACGUCAACAUAAGAAAGGCCUUGCUUGCGGGUUAUUUCAUGCAAGUGGCUCACCUAGAAAGCACUAGUGGCCACUACUUGACUCUCAAACAUAAGUUGGAGAACAAUCAAGUGGUUCACUUGCAUCCUUCUAGUUGCUUGGAUCACAAGCCUGAGUGGGUUGUUUACAAUGAAUACGUUUUCACUACCCGGAACUUCAUACGAACUGUUACACAUAUUGAGGGUGAAUGGCUUGUUGAAGUAGCACCACAUUACCAUAAUCUUGCGAACUUGACCAACUGUGAUGCCAAACGAGUGCUUCAAAAGCCUCAUAAGAAGAGAAAGCGUGAGAAGAAAGGAGUUGCAUAG